GAAAUCGAAAUACACAAACUCAUAGUGCAACGUCGUAAAUCUUUAGUUUUUUUGAGAUGCGCAAACAUCAGACAACCGGUCACUUGAAUGGGCCGUUGCGGUAACAUAGUUAGUUGCCACAAUGGUCGCGCUGAGUGUGGUUGUGCUGUCGUGCCUGGCCCUCGCCGCCGCCACCGACGUCGACCAAUGUCCAGGUGGUCGGUCCGUUGAGACCCUCAGGAGCGACGUCGUUCUGACGCCGUGCAAGAAGCUACCAUGCAAGCUCAAGAAAAACACCAGGCAACAAGUCACUUUUAAAUUUAAAACAGAUAAGGAAAUUAAAGAUCUGAAGAACCACGUGCAGGCGGAGGUGUUCGGAGUGCCGCUGCCUUUCGUAGGUGUGGACGGCAAAUCUGUGUGCGACAAGCUUGAGACGGAGGCCGGAGAGAAGGCCUCCUGUCCGCUGGCUGCCGACACUACUUAUGUCUACAAGGACUCGUUCCCUAUUGAAACCUUUUAUCCAAACAUAGAAGUAAGAGUGCACUGGGCUCUGCAAUCGCACGGGAAAGAUGUCGCGUGUUUUGAAGUACCCGCUAAAAUAAGCAAUUAAUAUAUUGGAGAUGUUUUCUUCUUCUUAAAAUUAAAAAAAUGUUAAAAAUAGAUUCAUUUGAUUUGAAAGUUUCGUAACAACUGAGUCCAUUUUGAUGAUUCUUGGCCAUAUUUGGGCAAAAACAGAAUCGUAAGGUAUAUGUCGCUUAUGAUGAGAGGUUUUGGUUUACAUAAGUAUUAUAAAUUGUUAAAGAAUACAUUUCUUUAAAUUCUGUUUAGUUAGACGCUGAUACAUCUGGGUAUUCGAAGUAGAAAAUAAGUAUAGGUACAAGAAGAAUUGCAUAGAAAAGCUCAAGUAUCUCGAACAAAAAAGUAUAAGCCAUGUUCAUGCUUUAAAUGGAAUGCAAUAAUUAAUUUAAUAAAUGGAAGACAAGUGUUUAAUAAAACUGCUCGUACUUA